UAUAACACCGUAGACAGUAACAGGUUGAACCGACGGUUAGUGAACAAAAGUUUAAGAAAAUGAGGAGAUCCCUUGAAGGGAUUUGGACUAUUUGUGCCUUGUUUUUAUGGUUCGAUUUUGGAUACACAGUGCAGCAGACUUUAAGGAAUCCGUGUCACCCUCGAUGCUUGACGAGUUUGGACAUUGGAACAUUAUGGGCAUCCACUAAUGCCAGGUAUUACUGGCAGUGUGAAUCGGCGGAUGAUAAUCUGUGGAACAUACGAUUGAAGGAGUGUUCGUUCGGAACACUUUUCAGUUACGAAUACCAGGCAUGUGUAGUUGAAGAUUUCUUUCGAGAUGAUAUCAAUCAGUGCCGCGAGCUACCUCCACAAGAUUGGAUUGGCGAGUGUCCUGAGCCUAGCUGUGAGACGAACGAAGAAAUCCAUACAUUAUGGUCCACUCCCGAUCCGAGAUAUUUUCUUCAGUGCAGACCGGAGCCUGGUGGGUCUUGGGUUAUUCAGCAGAUGCCUUGUGCACUUCCUACACUGUUCCAUUUCGGUCAACAAACGUGUGUUCAUCCGAAUAAAUGGGAAGCUUGUGAUGGUGCGGCAACAACUACUCCGGUGACUACAGAUCAACCACCUUCGGAUAUUACUCCUGUAACUACUCCGGUGACUACCGUUUCACCGCCAAUAACUGCGGAUACUACUCCAGUAACUACUCCGGUGACUACCGUUUCACCGCCAAUAACUGCGGAUACUACUCCAGUAACUACUCCGGUGACUACCGUUUCACCGCCAAUAACUGCGGAUACUACUCCAGUAACUACUCCGGUGACUACCGUUUCACCGCCAAUAACUGCGGAUACUACUCCAGUAACUACUCCGGUGACAACCGUUUCACCGCCAAUAACUGCGGAUACUACUCCAGUUACUACUCCGGUGACUACCGUUUCACCGCCAAUAACUGCUGAUACUACUCCGGUAACUACUCCAGAGACUACUCCACAACACACAGAACUCACACCUCCCAGUAUUCCCAUUCUGGAUGGGUUCUGUAUUGAACCGAAGUGUGAAACAAAUGAAGAUAUCAAUACUCUAUGGCCACAUCGACUGGCGGAAUUUUUCUAUCAGUGUCGUCCGGCGUUUGGUGGUGGAUGGACACCACAAUUGAUGCCGUGUGCUCCUGGCACGAUGUUUAGCUUUGCAGUUCAAGUUUGUGUGUGGCCCAACCAAUGGGAAGAUCCUUGCGAUACAUCCGAUGCGACUCCGGAAGACCCUACUAGUCCUACUCCUGAUCCGGAAGGUACUACUCCCAGUCCUGAUCCUAGUCCUACUCCUGAUCCGGAAGGCACUACUCCCAGUCCUGAUCCUAGUCCUACUCCUGAUCCGGAAGGCACUACUCCCAGUCCUGAUCCUAGUCCUACUCCUGAUCCGGAAGGCACUACUCCCAGUCCUGAUCCUAGUCCUACUCCUGAUCCGGAAGGCACAACUCCCAGUCCCGAUACUACUCCUACUCCUGAUGGACCAUUGGAACCAGAUUGUCUUGUACCAAACUGUGUCUAUCUGCAGAAUUCGGAGGUACUUUGGCCCACCAGGGAGCCACGAUUGUUCUAUCGAUGCAUUUUCCUACUGGAUACAGUUUGGAUACCGUUCCAAGAUUCGUGCCCGGUGGGAAAAUACUUCAGCUUUGAAUAUCAGAGUUGCGUUGACCCAGAGCUGUGGACAGAUGUAUGUGCAACGAUUCCGGAAGAUAUUACUACAACUCAAAUGACAACAAUUUCGACCCCAGAGGAUGAUGAAGAUGAAGGCUUUCCCUUGCCGGUGAUCUGUGGCUCUCCACGGUGUAAUACCAUUCAAGAAAGAAGCAUCCUAUGGCCAAGCACUGUUGCCAACACAUUCUACGAAUGCGUAUGGGUGGAAAGAUGGUUCCAGUUUAUACCGCUUCCGAAGCGCUGUCCAAACUUCCUUCUAUUUGACUUUGUGAAACAAGAUUGUGUUGAUCCUAAAGAUUGGACCGAUAUUUGUCCUAUAUAUCCAACUUUACCACCGAAUUGUCCAGAAUGUUGCCCUACUUGUCCUCCCGUCACGGAUACCACAACAGUAAUUCCAGAUGACCCAUCGGCUCCUGAGGAUUGGCCUUUACCAGUGAUUUGUGGGAAUCCUCGUUGUGAAACACCGGUCGAACAGAACUUCCUUUGGCCUGCAUUAGAUCCGCAAGGUUUCUAUAUAUGUCUGGAUUUCGGCUCUGGUUGGAUCCAAGCAACACUCGUAUUCUGCGAAAAUGAAAUGUUUUUCCAAACUAAAGAACAAAAAUGUGUCCCUCAAGAAGAAUAUGAUUACGGUUUCUGUCCGGUGUUUCCAGAGCUGCCCCCCGUUCCAACAGCCUCGCCAUUGAAUUGUCAGGACAACUUCGAUCCCAUUGAUUUGUACCCGAUCGUCUGCGAUCAACCCCGUUGCGCAACGAAUUCUCAAUUGAGUAUUCGUUGGCCUGCUGCCGAUAAGGGAGCUUAUUAUUCAUGCCAGUCCGUUGGUGUUCAGGUUUUGGAAAAAUGUGAUCCAGGAUUGAAGUUCGACUUUUUCCGUCAAUGCUGUACAAUGGAACAGUCGGAAGUAGAAGUUUGUCCUAUGUAUCCUGUACAAACGCCUGAAAAUCCGCUCGUUUGCUCGAAUGACUUCAAUCCAAGCGAUCUUCUUCCGGUAGAAUGUGACAUUCCACGUUGCACAACAUCAUCGGAAACUGCAGCCUAUUGGCCAUCCCAACAGUCUACGAAAUAUUAUAAAUGCUCACUAAAUGCCACUACCGGUAUGCACUUUGCUGAAUACCAAGAUUGUUCGGAAGGCGAACAGUUUGACUAUUUCCGCCAGUGCUGUAGCACCACUCCAAUAUUUUCCCCCACUGACGUAUGCGCUUUAUUACCCGAAACAUCCACUGAUCCUGCUGCUGUACCGGAAGUACCCACCGAUGUUGGUUGUGAUCAGCCACGAUGUGACAGUCAAAUAGAACAAAUCUAUCUGUGGCCAUCGGUAGACCCCAACCUAUUCUACAGUUGCGAGUUGUCUGAAGAUGGAUUGAUGAAACCACAGCAAUACAGCUGUCCACCAGGCAAAUGGUUCAUCAUGGCGUUGCAAAGUUGCGGUGAUACGUGGUUACAUCAGAACGUGUGUGAGAAAGAAGAACCACAGUCACCCAUUAUCACGCCACCGUCGGGGUUGAACUAGCCUAGGAAAGGUAGCUUAGGGCACUGGAACUAAGGUGUAAGGUUUGUAGUGUAUAUUUAAGCAGUGUUAUUUGUAUAUGUAUGGAUUUAUUUUCAAUAAAAGUUAAGGAAAAUAGGCAUCAAGAAGGAAAA